UUCAGUGUGUGUCACUCUCUCUCUCUACUGUUGUCUUGCCCAAAUUGCCAUUUCUGUGAGAGAGAGAGCGUGUCAGCUUCACCUUUGGGUGGAGCUAAACAGGGGAUCACAAUAAUCUCCUUCAUUAUUGUCUUCUUGACAUCGACUUCUCUCUCUCCUUCCCUUCUCUCCCUCUAUAUUACCCAUCUCCCCUCCCCCUCCCUCCAUUUCUUCCCUUCCCCCCUUCUCCUCUCCCACCUCCUCACCUCCAAAUUCAUACAUCACUCAACUCCAAACCCAAUCUCCUCCCGGACCCAUGUAUCAAAUCUGAAUCUUUGCCCUCGGUUUCCAAUCCCCCGGUCGAAUCUUUGACCCCUGGUCCUCGAAUCCUCAUCUGGGUCAUCUGGGUCUCUCUCCCUUUCCCUCCCCGUCAGCUCCAGCGGCAAGUUCUUUUUUUUUUGGGCAAAGCUCGGCUCGUAAAGCGGAGACCUUGGCGGCGACCAGCAGCUGCAUUUGAGCUCUGGGUCGGCCGCCGUUCCGCCGUCCGGGAUCGAUCCGGGGGCGCAAAGCCAUGAGCUUGGGGCGUUGGUGAUUCCGGGUGGGGUGGGGGGUCGGUCAUGGAUCCGGGUAAAUCGCGGGACUCGGCCGAGACGGCCCGCGUGAUGCAGUUCCCGAACGACGUGCUGGAGCGGAUUCUGUCCCUCAUAGACUCGCACCGGGACCGGAGCGCCGUCUCCCUCGUGUCCAAGGCGUGGUACAACGCGGAGCGGUGGACGCGGCGGCACGUCUUCAUCGGCAACUGCUACGCCGUGUUGCCGCAGAUCGUGGCCCGACGGUUCCCCAACAUCCGCGGGGUCAUGCUCAAGGGGAAGCCCCGGUUCUCGGACUUCAACAUGGUGCCGCCGAACUGGGGGGCGGACGUGCACGCGUGGCUCGCGGUGUUCGCGGAUCAGUACCCGCUGCUGGAGGAGCUGAGGCUCAAGAGGAUGACCGUGACGGACGAGAGCUUGAAGUUCUUGGCUCGCAAGUUCCGGAAUUUCAGGGCGCUCUCGCUCGUAAGCUGUGAUGGGUUCAGUACUGAUGGUCUCGAGGCAAUCGCAACCGACUGCAGACAUUUGACUGAGCUGGAUAUACAAGAGAAUGGCAUUGAUGAUAUCAGUGGCAACUGGUUGAGUUGCUUCCCUGAAAACUUCACAUCUUUGGAGGUGCUGAACUUUGCAAGUCUAAGUAGUGACGUGAAUUUUGAUGCUCUUGAAAGGCUCGUAAGUCAGUGCAAGUCACUGAAGAUUUUGAAGGUUAAUAAAAAUAUUACGCUAGAACAAUUGCAGAGGCUGCUUGUCCGCGCUCCUCAAUUGACCGAGCUUGGUACUGGUUCGUUUUUACAAGAGCUUACUGCUCACCAGUACGUGGAGCUUGAAAGAGCUUUCAUUAGUUGCAAGAAUCUGCAUGCACUCUCUGGCUUGUGGGAAGCUACAACGCUAUAUCUGCCAGUUCUUUACCCGGCCUGUACAGAGUUGACUUUUCUGAAUUUAAGUUAUGCUGCUUUGCAAAGUGAAGAACUUGCUAAGCUUGUUGCCCACUGCCCACAUCUUCAGCGUCUCUGGGUACUUGACACCGUUGAAGAUGUAGGGCUUGAGGCUGUUGCCUCGAAUUGUCCCCUUUUAGAGGAGCUUCGAGUCUUCCCAGCUGAUCCUUAUGACCAGGACAUUAAUCGUGGUGUGACUGAAUCAGGGUUUCUCGCUGUGUCGCUCGGCUGCCGCAAGCUCCACUAUGUCCUCUACUUUUGCCGUCAGAUGACAAAUGCUGCUGUAGCCAGAAUUGUGCAGAACUGCCCUGGUUUUACCCACUUUCGUCUUUGCAUAAUGAAGCCGGGGCAACCUGAUUACCUAACAAAUGAACCUAUGGACGAGGGUUUUGGUGCAGUUGUGAAGACUUGCACGAAUCUCCGAAGGCUCGGCGUUUCUGGUCUUUUGACUGACUUAACGUUCGAGUAUAUUGGAAGAUAUGCCAAGAACUUGGAAACGCUUUCGGUGGCUUUUGCUGAGGGCAGCGAUCGCGGGAUGCAGUGUAUACUGGAUGGUUGCCCAAAGAUGAGGAAACUUGAAAUAAGGGAUAGUCCAUUCGGUAAUGUAGCUCUUCUUUCGGGCUUGGAGAAGUAUGAGUCAAUGAGAUCUUUGUGGAUGUCUGCUUGCAAAGUGACGCUAAGUGGUUGUAAGUUGUUGGCUAGGCAAAGGCCACGGUUGAAUGUUGAGGUAAUGAAGGAUGAGGUCGAUGAUGGCCAGUCUUAUAAAGUUUAUGUUUACCGUACUCUUGCUGGACCAAGGACGGAUGCGCCAUCUUUUGUCUGUACUCUCUGAAGUUGGUAAAUAGAGGAAGCUGGUGCCAGAAUUCUGGAACUUUGAAGGGCAGCCUGUGUUCUGCGAAGUCAGCAAUUGUGCUAAUGCUGUAGCCCAGGGGGCGGAACAGAACUCGUGUUCCUGAUACCUCAACUGUUUUACAAGGCCUCCACCUGAGGUGCUCAAUUUGUUGUGGCAAGACACCUUGAAAUUUAACUUCUUGUAGACUCGUGAAAUUUCCUUCCAUUGUCGUAUUUUCUUCGAGUGUUUUUAACUCUUGUUGAUGUAAACUCUGCUGUUUAGUAAUGAAAUUGUUUCUUCCUCUUACCAAAAA